AUGCACGCAUCCAAGAAAUUCCUCACCCGUUCCAAGGCGAAGCUGGCCUCUGCCUACAGGAAGGUCAACUCUGUGGCGUCAAAUCUUCUCCAUCGCCAGACUUCCCGCACUUCCACUGCUGCUUCGCGCCCGAGACUGGUUCAGGACACUGCACCAGCAGCUAGUUCAAGCAGUGCCGCCGCCGACACCAUGCCUCAAGAUCCUCCAACAGCAGCGAAUCCACCGCAGUCCAUCUUACAGUAUGUCCGUACAAACUAUGUCGAAGGCUCUAGCAUUGCGGACGUCUCUUCGACAGUCUUGACGGACGCUUCCUCGUCCUCGUCUCCUCCUACUGGCUACCGUGGCGGUGCAACCUCCGGGCCCGGCCUAUACGAUAGAGAAUACACCGUGCUGGAACAACGACGUGUGGCUGAGAACUUUGCCCUGUGGCCCAUCCACUCUCGACUGACCUCGAUGAGCCAACCUCGGGUCCCGACUGCCUCGGCCGUUCCCGCACUGGAGGAUGAACCAGCACAGCUUCAAGGCUCAUCGGAUCACCAACAUGUACGCACCGGCUCUCCCCUCGAGAACAUUGCAGAGCAUGAGCCUAGCCCAAGUGUCUCUGAGGAAGGCAAUGUCCAAAUACUAUCCGAACCAGCCCCGGCAGCCAGGGGUGCACCAGUGCCACCAGGGACUCCACCUUCAAAAUCUGGGUCUACAGUAAAGCCGUCAUGUUUCGUUUCUGGCAACGAGCCAUCGGUAGCUUGGAGCUGUCGUGCACCUAUAACUUCUUGCGACAACUUCGUGGUGGGGGGCUCCAGCAGCUUACCUGACCCGUUCAUCGAUCAGUCUGGUCUUGUGUCACAGGAGACCGCCCAACUUCAAGACGGUUCUGGCGCUUCCAGGUCAUGGACGGCACGUCGUUGGUCCGAUUUCGACCCGGAAGAAUUCCCGAGCACCGAGAACAAGCGCCUGGUCCGAAUUGGCUCACAGCAAUGGGAGCUUCAGCCGCCUAAUAAGACCGAGCCAAAAGUCGAGCGGGCGAACCCAUCACAGGUUCAGGCUCAACCACAGGCGUGUCAGAGGACCCCAGCACCCCAACAGCGAGAGACUUUCAACAUCAACGACCCUGAGGGGCACCAGCCCGUCCAGCCGGGGGCAUUAGCGGGCGACUGGUCUUUGCCGAGCGGGAUGACUAGCCGGGAACAUCUGCGCCACAUGGAACAGGGCCUGUUUGUAGCACAGAACGCGCUCCCAGCCGUCCGCGGGCUACGGUAUGCGGUCGACCGCGCCGCCACGGAUUUCCAGGCUCUUACACUAGAAAAUCGAGCAUUGCAACGCAUGGCGGCCGAGUAUCAAUUCAAGACGACCCAGAUCCUCGAGCCGGAGCUGCUGAGAGCAUGGGAAGCCCUGCGAGAGCGUGACGCCGAGAUCAUCCGGCUGCAAGGCAUCAUCGACCUGGUCUCGACGCAGGGGGCUCCGGCGGCGAAGAACAAUCCUGCACCAAGAGAGGCCUUGUUGUCGGAGUGGUCGGCUGCGAAUGGUGCUUUCGCGUACCAAGGCCACUGUCAGUAUAAUGCCGCCGCCGAUCUCCCAUCGUCACAGAGUGCCAUGCAGCCUGUCCAACAACCCCUGCGGACCCUGUCAAGUCAGUUCUACGGUACACUCCCGAACGGCAGCGCGGUUGCGGGUGAGACCGAAGCUCAAUCCGACGUCGAGUUCGAGACUGACCAUCUCUACGGCGACUGCAAGGGCGAGCAGGAGCGGCCGUCUCAUGACAACGACAACGACAACGUCGUGCAUGGCGCAGAGGAUGAGGUCGCAUCGGAGGCUGAAGUCUUCUACGAUCCACCUGAGGAGUUGGGACGGGAGCUGGCUCAACAUCACAAGACCAGCAUGCCCAUCAGCAAGACCAGCAUGCCCAUCAGCAAGACCAGCAUGCCCAUCAGCAAGACCAGCAUGCCCACUCUGAAGGAGACUGGGAACUGA